CUGCUUUUCAUUAUCUUGUUCCAACAUUUGUGCUCACUCAGCACUGCUGUGAGCCCCUUAUUUUAGUUGUCUCACGACCCAACCCUGCAACCAAAACACUUCAUUUCCUUCCCUUCUGACUCCUUCCACACCUUUGGCUUUUCUUGCUCUUCCUCUUCUUCCAUCUAAGCUCCUCCUAAUGCCCUCUUCCUGCCAUGGAAAGCACAAUGGAGGAUACACUGAAUCUUCCCAUGGAGUAAUAGAAUAAGCUCCAUGCAUAUUUUCCUCCUGACCUCCGAGCCUUGACAAGAGGAUAUUACUUCUGGCUUUGGCCUUUCAACCAGCCUGCACCCUGCAGCUCAGAGAGAGAGAGAGAGAGAGAGAGAGAGAGAGGUGGGUUUGUUCUGUCCUACUUCUCAAGCAAUCUGCAUUGCUGCAUGACUCCAACAAUCAUGGGGGUAUGUCUAACUGUUUUCAUCAGUUGUACUUCGAGACAAUGAGGUGGUGACCUGAAUGCUAGGAGGAAAUCUCUAGGCAAUGCUGUUUUCCUCAUAGGGAGGAAGUGUGAUCUCCUCCAGGCAACAAGAGAUUCCUAAGGUGUCUUUUGUUUAAGGCUCAGGGCUUUACCUUCCUAGAUAAAGAGAACCCGGAUAAGGUUCUUUGGAACCUCAAAGCUUCUAUUUAGACUCCCAAGGAUUCCAAACCCAAAGCCUCAGCUCACAUCUCGAUCCUUGGGGUUGGGUAGCUCAAAUUCUGCUUCUCCUUCCUCUACUAAUUUUUUAUUUGGUUUCUUUUGUCCUUGGAACUUUUCCUUCUGGGAUUGAGGUCAAAAAGAACACAUAAAAGAAAGAAAGAGCACAAAGAUUGAGAGAGAAUGGAUCUUUCUGGUCAUGAAGGAGAGAUCCCAAUCCCAAUAACCAGUGCAUACGUUGGUGGCCAUGGCCAAACCAACAUGCGUGACACCCCCCCCAUCCACCACCCCUCCAAUGGCCCUCCUCCUCCGCCUCCUCCCCUACCCAUUGCCACCACAGAGGACCACCAGCGCCACCACCACGCUACCAACUCCCACAGCACCAAGAAAGGGGUGGCGGUGAGGUACAGGGAGUGCCUCAAGAACCAUGCAGCCUCCAUUGGUGGGAAUGCCACCGAUGGCUGCGGUGAGUUCAUGCCGAGUGGUGAGGAGGGAAGUCUGGAGGCCUUGAAGUGCUCUGCCUGCGGCUGCCACCGGAACUUCCACAGGAAAGAGACGGAAGGAGAGUCCUCAUGCGACUGCUUCCACCCCCUCAGGGGGAGGAAGGUGAUGGGUCAGAAGGGCCUCCUCCUCUCGGGAUCCGAUGCAUUCGGCUACGGCCCUGCGUGCAAUGGCCUCAUUCCAAGGGCAACCCCACACAGCAUGAUCAUGCCUCUGGGUGCCAUCCAGACCUCCGAGUCCGACGAGAUGGAAGGCGUGGGUGGAAUGAUGCCGAGGCCUCUCAUGGUGAAGAAGAGGUUCCGGACCAAGUUCACUCCUGAGCAGAAGGAGAAGAUGCUGAGCUUUGCCGAGAAGGUGGGCUGGAAGCUCCAGAAGCAGGAGGAGAGUGUGGUGCAGCAGUUCUGCCAGGAGAUCGGGGUGAAGAGGAGGGUCCUCAAGGUGUGGAUGCACAACAACAAGCACCACUUGGCAAAGAAGAACCCUCUCCAGCUUGAAUGACCAUUACCUCACUCUCAUUUCCAUGGAUUGUCUUCGUCAUUUCAUGAGCUUUUGUCUUCCUCGGACUUCAUCAAGCUUAGAUGUCAAUCCUUUCAGUGUUAUCCAUGCAUUGUCUUUACAUGAAGGCAGCAGACCUCAAGUUGUUAUCCUUCCUUGUUGCACCGCAGCAGCAGCAGCAGCAGCAGCAGAAGCUGGUUUCUGGGUUUUGGAUGCAUCACUUGGUGAGGCUAAACAUGCAUGCAUUCUCCUGUGACUUGUUUUGUGGCAAUUAAUUAGCAUUAAUGACCAUAAACCAUCUCCAUCUUCA